AUGUCCUCCGAUGUCCUCCACGCUCUCCUCGCGUCCUUCGUGCCGUGCUCUCUCCAUGUCCUCUUCGCGCCCACCGCUGCCAACGAGGACAACGGCCGAAUUGUUCAUGCGAUGGGGAAAAGAAGGGAUAGAAUGAACUGCUCCCGGUGGAAGAAGGACACCAAAAUCACGUUUGUCGGCAAGGCCAACCGGCACUGGAACCAGCUCCGCGCCGACCUGGUCUUCUUAGUCGACGAGAAGCUCCACCCCGUGUACCAGCGCGACGGCAAUGACCUAUUGGCCGAGGCCCUCUUCCCCGUGGCCGGCGGGGCCAGCGCCGCCCUCUUCCCUUGGCCAGCUUCCCCGUGGCUGGCUGCCGAGAUCCGCCAUGGCCAGGAUCCCCUUCCUCGAGUCCGGCAGCAGCGAGUAGUGGAUCGAUGGGGAGCACCAGGGGCAGCAGCUAGCACUUCCUGCGGCACCUGA